UGUUUUUGCUUUUCUUGGAGCAGUCCGCUUCCGUUUCUGAAGCAACAUGAGAACGCUUUUUUGUUGAUUGUGCCCUUUUUGUUAAGUCACAUCCUUUCGCCUCUCAUUUUUCGAUGUUCGUCUUAUAGAAAUAAACCGAGUCUUUCAGUUUUUGAGUUUUGUGGCAAAGAUUUCAUCUCGCGUGACCUCACGGAAAGUCGCUGGGGUACUCUCUGUGAAUGGAAUGACGCCACCGACCCAAAUUAGUAAGCAGAAACCUCGAGCGACUGAAAUCAGUUCCUCACCUCUUGCUUCAGAAGAUGUUGUUGUUGCAGAUUCGAAUCUAAGUGAUGCACCUGAAAGCUCUGGCUUGCCCAAAGAGAUUGAAGAGAAAACAUCCGAAGAAACAGAGCUAGAGUUUGAAGCGAAAUCAUCAAGAGAUGGGGCUUGGUAUGAUGUUGCUAUGUUCCUUGCUCACAGAGUUCUCAGUUCUGGCGAACUUGAAGUUCGUGUUAGGUAUCAAGGUUUUGGUGCUGAGGAGGAUGAAUGGGUGGAUGUCAAGAAGGCAAUCAGGGAACGCUCAAUUCCUUUAGAGUCUUCAGAAUGUAGGAAAGUCUCAGCUGGACAUCUUGUUCUGUGUUUUCGGGAAAACAGCGAUCAGGCAACAUACUUUGAUGCACAUAUUGUCGAAGUUGAAAGGAAGCUACAUGAUAUAAGGGGUUGUCGCUGUCUCUUCUUGGUCCGCUAUGAUCAUGACCAAACCGAGGAGAAGGUACACUUGCGAAGAUUGUGCCGCAGACCAGUGUAUUGAUUUCUCCAUGUGCUUGCUUGUAGCUGAAGAGGAAAAAUUGCCUCCGGAUCUCUCUCUCUCUCUCUCUCUCUCUCUCUCUCUCUCUCUGUGCUGGCACUUGCAUAAUGGUGAUACAUCUAAGAAUGCAGAACAAUGGUCAGCCUAUGUUCUCGACAAUUCACAUGCAUACUUCAAAGCUAGGAUUUUAUUCUGAGCCUUGAAGGAUGUCUCUUUUGUCAAAGUUUGACAUUUACUUAACAUAGAAUAUGCAUCUGUUGCAUAGAGAGCUUUAGGCUGUUAGCCUUAUCAACUGCUUCAGAUCUUCAAGUUUAGUAUGUUACAGCACAUACUAGUUGCACACUGGUUCAUAUCUGGCCA